GCGGAUUGAAUCGCAUGAUUAUUCAUGACUAUGUCCGACAAGUGACACAUGUCUGUCAUACACCCAUUCACCCCACCCAACAUCCAUCCAUAUGACUGUACACAAAGUGCCUUGACAUGCAUCCAGCCGUCAUUCAUUCAAUAAGUUCAUUUCUUCUCUCGUAUGAGGUUCUUCUGCGUGUCGAUGUCCAGGAUGCGCUGCAUCAGCUGGUGCCCGUACCCAUACAGCGACAGAUUCACAUCGUGCUCACCGCCACCCGACGCUUCACCUGAUCACACCACACCACACACACACACUCAGGCACAGCCAACCGAACUGAUGUCUGCCCAUCUCUCUCUCUCUCUCGCUUACUGUGGACGAUUCGCAGCCGCUCUUUCUGUUGGUCCUUGGGCGGCGGCUGCGUCAUGAACUCCAGCUUGGGGUUCCAGUAGCGCAGCGUAGGCAAGAAAUACGUUGUGAAGUCACUGCAAACACACACACGCAACACCAGAAGGAUCAUCUCCAUGAAUUCUCGAUACGAUGCACUCACUUUGCCACUUUGUUUGAGUCUUUGGCGAAGAUCUGCAGCUUCUCGAUGGUCAGCAGGGGGGUCGGCGUCCCAAGCACGACGCGCUCAAGCCGCCGAGUGGACAUCAGCCUGGACAGUCAGAUCUGGACUCGGCUCGGGCAAAAAGGUGCUGCAUUCAUCG